UUCGGAUUGUGGGAAUGUUUUAGUGAGAAUUCUCACCUGGUGAAACAUCAGAGGAUUCACACAGGAGAAAAACCAUAUGAGUGUUCGGAUUGUGGGAAAUGUUUUAGGGAAAAUUUUGACCUGGUGACACAUCAGAGGACUCACACAGGUGAGAAACCAUAUGAGUGUCCAGAUUGUAGGAAAAGUUUCAGUCAGAAUUCCUAUCUGGUGAAACAUCAGAGGAUUCACACAGGAGAAAAACCAUAUGAGUGUUUGGAUUGUGGGAAACGUUUUAAUGAGAAUUCUGACCUGGUGAUACACAAAAGGACUCACACAGGUGAGAAACCAUAUGAGUGUCCAGAUUGUAGGAAAAGUUUCAGUCAGAAUGCCCAUCUGGUGAGACAUCAGAGGACUCACACAGGAGAAAAACCAUAUGAGUGUUUGGAUUGUGGGAAAUGUUUUAGUGAGAAUUCUGACCUGGUGAAACAUCAGAGGACUCACACAGGAGAAAAACCAUAUGAGUGUCUUGAAUGUGGAAAAAGUUUCAGUCGGAAGUCCAGUUUGAUGAUACACCAGAGGACUCACACAGGAGAUAAACCAUAUGAGUGUUCGAAUUGUGGGAAAACUUUCCAGGAUAAUUCCAAUCUGAUGAAACAUUGGAGGACUCACACAGGAGAAAAACCAUAUGAGUGUCUUGAAUGUGGAAAAAGUUUCAGUCGUAAUUCCAGUUUGGUGGUACACCAGAGGAUUCACACAGGAGAGAAACCGUAUGAAUGUCCAGAUUGUGGGAAAGAUUUCAGUUAUAGGUCUAGCCUUAUAAAUCAUGUAAGAUUGCAUAUAGGGGAGUAACCAUUCAAAUACCCAGAUUGCUGACAAACAUUGUUUUGCACAAAAUCUCUCCUUGAUCACUCACAAGAAAUUGCAUUUGAGACAAAUUUGAUGUAUGUAGAGGACUGUUGAAAUUGGUUUCUUGUUUCGUUUGAAUGCCAGCUGAGCAACUUACCAUUUAAUUUCUUUCAUGAUUCCUAUAAUGAAACAUGUCUUAUUAUCAACAUGAGGGGAGUGGUGGGAUAGGGUGAUUUAUACUAGGUAUGUUUGACUCUUUGAAUUAUUUCUACAUAUAAUAAAGAGGGAUACAAACAUGUAAGUAUUCAUGUAGUUUUAUUCAGUAAGAAAAUUUAUCUGGCAGCCCAACUCAUAUCACUCCAUAUAGUUUACAGCAAUAGAACCUUAUUACAGAAACCAAUACAUUCCAUAUGUGGAAGAUGACA